AUGGCGGCAAACGACCAUGGCCUCAGCACUCUGCCCGUGGAAGAGGCCAAAAAGGCGGCCGCGACUAUGCGUCAGCAUAUCGCAAGUCUCUAUUCGGCGGAACAAGUAGAGACGACCCCGGAGGAUGUAUUCUUGUUCCAGGGGGGAAUGUCCGCCAUUACACAAGUCGCAGUAGGAUUGCAAGGGCUGGCCAAGGAAAGGGCGAAAGGGCAGGAGCAGCAGCAGCAGCAAGCUUAUCGUGUUGCGGCAUUUGGAUUUCUAUAUCUAGACACGUUCAAGGUGCUCGAUAGAAUCCUCGGCUUCGGCAAUGUCCUCUACGGCCAAGGUUCGUCCGAGGAUCUCGACGUCCUUGAGGCCGACUUGGUCUCGGGCCAACGCAUCGACGCCCUCUACGUCGAGUUUCCAGGAAACCCGUUGCUCAAGUCGGUCGACGUCGAACGGCUGCACGCACUUGCGACAAAGUAUGACUUCAUGCUCGUCGUCGAUGACUCCAUCGGCACUCCGGCCAACCUUGUGCUGGCACCCUUUUGCGACAUCGUCUGCUCGAGCCUGACCAAGAUGUACAGCGGCGCCUGCAACGUUAUGGGCGGCAGCGUCGUUCACGAGGACACGUACUUUCCGCUCGAUGUGCUCGUAAUGCGGGCCAACAGCGCUGGGUUUGAGGAGCGCGUCGCCGCUUCGAAUCGCAAUGGCGCGUCCGUCGCCGAGAGGUUGCGCAAGCACCGUACUGUCGAGAGUGUCUUGUACCCGCUAGGCAGCCCAACGCAACCUCUGUACGACAGAUGCAAGCGACCCGGGGCCGGAUACGGGUUCAUGAUGUCAGUCCGCUUCGCCGAGCCCGAGGCUGCCGUGGCCUUUCACGAUGCUCUCGACGUGGCAAAAGGCCCGAGCUUUGGGACCAACUUCACCCUGGCCUGUCCGUACGUCGUGCUCGCCCACUACCUGGAGAUGGACUGGGCUGGUCAGUUUGGCGUCUGGGAGCAUCUUGUGCGCAUCAGCGUCGGGAUCGAGGACGUCGAGAUGGUCCUCGCAGUCAUCGACAGGGCCUUGGACGCCGCUGAUGAAAAGCAUGGCCCAGCAGCAACCGCCAACCAGGUGCAACAAGCAGGGUAG